AUGGAUUUGGCAGAACAAGAUGAAGCCAUCCUAGAUGCUGAAGAAGAAGACGAUGCAGGAGAAGAAACCCUGGAGCACCGGCGACCCUCUUCCGAUCUCCGCUCCAGACCAUCGCUGCCGGCGCCGACUGCUACUCUAUCUCUGAUCUGUUCACUCCGACAGGCAAAUGUUGGGAUGUUAUCCAGUUUUGGGGAUGUUGAACCACACAUUUAUAGCAGGAUGGCGCAAGACGAACUCAACCGGGACUCUCCUUUGAUUGGUCUAGAGUGCGUGAUGAUGGACUAUAUUUUUGGGAAGAAGAAGGCCACACAAGUUGUUCACUCUGUUUGGGAACAUGUUGUCCAGAAAGGGGAUGCAGUUGUGGAUGCCACUUGUGGAAAUGGUUACGAUACCUUGGUGAUGGUGAAUAUGGUGGCUGAUAAGUCACGUGCUGGCCGUGUUUAUGCAAUGGACAUUCAAGAAACCGCAAUAAAGAAUACCAUGUCUUUGUUGGAUAGAUCGCUUCAUUCUAAUGAGAAAGAAAUGGUAGAGCUAUAUGCUACCUGUCAUAGCGAAAUGGAACAAGUUGUUCCAAGGACUGCUACAGUGAGGGUAGUUGCAUUCAACUUGGGAUAUCUUCCGGGAGGUGACAAAACAGUGAUUACUAAACCAGAAACAACCCUAUUAGGAAUGGAGGCUGCAACCAGAAUAGUUGUAGCAGGAGGUGUUAUCAGCAUGCUAGUUUAUGUGGGGCAUCCUGGUGGAAUGGAAGAAUAUGAGAUGGUGGAAGCCUUUGCUUCUGGAUUGCCAGUCGAUACCUGGAUAUGCUGCAAGCUUCAAAUGUUGAACCGCCCGUUGGCUCCCAUACUCCUUCUCUUAUGUAAGAGGUAAAAGACAAAGCACCAAACACUACCUUAAAGGUAUAGAUCUUGAGUUGAUUUAGUGGUUAAGUGAAUAUUUAACAGACUAAAUAAAUAACCACUGUCAUUAGCCACUAUGAAUGAUGGUUUCAAACAUCAAAUUUGCCCAUGUAAACAAGAAAAAUCAAUGUUUAAAUCCAUUGUUUUGAAUGAACAUAUAACUUCACUCAAUAUCAUCAAUGGAAAACAAAACAUAAAUCGAUCGCGUUGAGACUCGAACCCACAAUCUCCGGC